CCGGACUGCAGAGCUGUCAUUUGAACCCAGAGAAGAGUAACCGAGGAGAGCUGGGCAGAGGGUGGGGAGGCCCGCGGUGGCCUGAGAGGCCCGAGGCCCCGCGUGGCCGCCAUGAAGCUGAACGAGCGCAGCCUGGCCUUCUACGCGACGUGCGACGCGCCGGUGGACAACGCGGGCUUCCUGCACAAGAAGGGCGGGCGGCACGCGGCCUACCACCGGCGCUGGUUCGUGCUGCGCGGCAACAUGCUCUUCUACUUCGAGGAGCCGGCCAGCCGCGAGCCGGUGGGCGUCAUCAUCCUGGAGGGCUGCACGGUGGAGCUGGUGGACGCCGCCGAGGAGUUCGCCUUCGCCGUGCGCUUCGCCGGCGCCCGGGCGCGCACCUACGUGCUGGCGGCCGAGAGCCAGGCCGCCCUGGAGCGCUGGGUGAAGGCGCUGUCGCGGGCCAGCUUCGACUACCUGCGGCUGGUGGUGCGCGAGCUGGAGCGGCAGCUGGCGGCCGUGCGCGCCGGGGCCAGCCCGCCCCCGCCGCCGCCCCGCCGGCCCGGCGCCCUCCCGCCCAAGGAGAACGGCUGCGCCGUGUGGAGCGCCGAGGUCCCCGCGGCCGCCGCCUCCGCCGCCGGGCCCGGCCCCGAGCCCCCGCCGCCGCCGCCCCGCCGCCGCGCCUCGGCGCCCCACGGAGCCCUGGACGCGGCCCCCUUCGCCCGGCUGCACGAGUCGUACGGCCAGGAGAUCCGGGCUCUGCGCCACCAGUGGCUCAGCAGCCGGGCCCAGCCCUGACCGGGCCACGGCCUGUCCUGAGCUGGCCCCAAGGCCACCAAGGCUCCUGUCUAGAGCAUCCAGGACCUGGGUCCUGCUCUGACAGGCCCGGCCCUGAAGACACUGGGGACCCUGGGUGAAGGGACACGGUGGUCAAGGCCAGCCCGGCAGGCCCUGAGUGCCUGGUCUUGGGGACUCAAGUGCUGAGAAGGUGCUGGAUUCCGAGGGGCCUUUAGGACCGUGUGACUCCAAAGGCCCAGCCUUGAGGAGACCGUCGCGCCUGAUGGCAGCAGAGUCCAGGCCUUGCAUGAGCCGCCGGAAGCUUGAGGUUUCCAGACAACUCCAGCCCUUGGGCCCGGCCUGAGCUGCCCAGCAGGGGCCUCUUGCUGGCGACAGGCCUCGCUGGGCCCGCAGCUCAGAUGGCCACUGG